AUGUUUUCUGCAGGAAGCAGCGGUCAUCUUUCACCUAGCGAUAUGUUCAUUUUAUCAACCAAGGCGAUUCCGGCGCCAAGAAAACUGCUCUCGCAAAUUAUCUUGUUAGGAUUGAUUGCGAGGAAGAUCUGCGCCACAUUCCCGAAAAUUUUGGCGCCUGAUUUCGAUGAGUUCCUCACUUCCAGGGGUCAUGCCUCAGCACAGGUUGAAGAGUCGAGAAAGCUUUCAAUGACAGAAAUCGUCCAAGGGAUCAAUGGCUAUCCCCAUACUUCUCAACAUGAUGCUGCUCCAAACCAAGUCACGGCAGCAGACGAGCGGCAGACUAGCGUCAUCCUAGGGCAGCUUGGGACAAAAAGAACGGCACCAAUGCUUGACUUUCCCGAAGGCGAAGGAUUUAGCGACGAGCACCCUCCCAAUUCGGAACACUCCAAUGGUCACGAUCAAGUGAGGUCAACAGAUCCAACGCAGAAAUCGAAGUCUGGGCCGGAAGGAGGCUCGACCAGUUACUCGCCAAUAGAUCCAAUCACAGGACUUGGCACGUCUACUGACCUCACCAAUUCAAAAAUCCGGCAAGAUUUCGAAGAUCGAGUGAUGAGACCUUUAUACGAAUGUGAUGUUGAUUCCUUGGCCCUCCGUCUCAAAGAUGAAGCUGCAGAGAAUUUCGGGAUCCUGGCGAGGGAUCUUGUGAAUCAGUUCGGCAGGAUUGUUGAUGGUUUACCAACCCCUGCUGUCAACCACCAGCCAGGGACCCUAAACUUGGAGCUAUCAUUGGCACCUGCACAACCUUUUCCGAAGAACUUCGAUCGUGUGGGUGGACGUAUCUCCAGGAGAAUGUCGGGAUUUUGGCACCUUUUACAGAAUGACGAUCACUUCCAUCCUGACAUCUCCGAGCCCAUCCCAAAGCACAGAAUAUCUAAUUGGGUGAUGGGUAAAUUUCUCCCCUUCUUCGAUAUCACAACAACAUACCUAUCUUAUGACUUGAAGCUAGCCUUGGAAGAAAGUCGAUUUACUGCAGAUAUUCAUAGUCUCUUGAAACACUUGAAUCCAAGCACUUGGCAGGCGGUAGUACGGACGAUUCUGAUUGCACAAAUCAAAACCGUGUCAUACAACCAUGAAAAACAACCAAGGAUUAAUGAGCUCCUCGAAUUGCUCAUCAAAUUUGAAAAAGCCAGCCCACUUGACAGGAAAACAUCCUAUAAAUCUGUCCAUGAUUCCAGAGUGAUCGCUUUUGUCACAAGUUUGAUCAACCACAUUAUGGAAACACCUGAAGCUAAAAGACGGAGACAUGCUGGGAAUGGCGUCCUUGACCAAUUCGAGGUACUGAGGCAUUAUUACUUGAACAAUAUGUCACAAUACAUGUUGCAAUAUCACAUCCGAGAUGUUUCAGAUGAAAACAUGGCCAAGCUCAGAGAGAAAAGCGUUUACCCACAACUCCAAGCGUACGAUGAGGCAGCAAUGCUUUAUUCGGAUGCGCUCAAUUCAGCCUAUGCCAAAUAUGGGGAACUCCUUCUGAAAUUGCCAGAAAUUGAGCUAGAAGAGAAAAGAACUGAACUACCAGGAUUCCGACUAAUUUAUUUAACUAACAGAAGCCAAAGAAAUCAUGCUUUGAUAUUUUCUUUGGGGAGGGACGAAGAACUUCCAGUGAAAUACGACCAACCAAUCCCGACGGAAGGCUUUAUCGGAAUCGAGAAGCCCAAUUAUAGGCUCAGACAUCUGCUUGAUCGGGAUCGCAAUUCUUAUCCUGUUUGGCGGAAAAUCAUGGAUGAAAAUCAUCGAGAAUCCAAGUCCCUUCAUCCAAUGCCCUCGACGAUUUCCUUCCUUGAAGAGGAGAGUCGGCAAAUUAGAUUCACACUUCAAGAGAUACUUCCCCGGCUUCCCCUAGGAGAACAAAUUUCCAAAUUGGAAGAAAUGUUAAAAUACCCUUUUUAUGAGGAUAAUCGGUAA